AUGUCAUCACCGCCACCUCACCCAACGCCGACAAAUCCCCUCAAACGGCCCUCCAUCUCCUCCUCCGCCUCUCAACCUCUCGGCUCCAACCCAAAACGACCACGCAUGCACCCCCUCCGCCAGACGUCCUUUCCCGCCAGUAUAGACAAUGACCAGCGCACAUUCAGUGCCACUAGCGAUGCGGGCAGCGUGACGGGCAGUUUCACAGGUAGUCUGGGCGGCACGAGCGCGGACGGGGUGUUCCUGGGAGCAGCCAAGAAGGGGAAACGCGGGCGCAAGAGUAAAGCCGAGAAGGAGCGGGAGCGAGAGCAGCGGGAGGAUGCGGCGAGUUUGCGUGGGGAGGCGCGACUGGGGUCUGUGGAUGCGGAUGGAAUGUCGGUUCGGGCUGGUGGGCCGGCGAGGGGAGAUGCGGCCGGGGACGAUGGCGACGAGGAUGAGGAUUUUGAUGAUGAGGGUGAACUGCUGAGGGGUGAGGAAGGGGUGACGGAUACGGAGGCCGAGAAAAAGAAUCUUGCUUUACUGGUGGAUGCGUUCAAUCCUAUUCAGUCGGAGCGAUACGAUUUGUUCAAACGGGCCAAGCUGCGCAAGGAGACUCUGCGGCGAAUUGUCAACCACGCGCUGUCCCAAUCUGUUCCCGCCAGUGUUGUGACAACCAUCAACGGCUUUACCAAGGUCUUUGCGGGCGAGAUCAUCGAGAAGGCAAGGACCGUUCAGGCUGAGUGGGCUAUUGCGCAUGAUCAGGCUGCGCGCGCUGCCUUUGACGCCGAAGAGGCCGAGGCUGAGGCCAGGGCAGCUGAAGCAGCGGCGAAGGCAGCGGCAUCCGCUACGCCGGCGACGGGGGGUCAGGGACAGAGCCCACCGCAGCCGUCGGUCAAGAGGGAGCACUCGGACAGCAAUCGCUCAACCCCAAUCCCUCCUUCAUCGUCAUCUCCGAUGCCGCAACAGCACGCUUCGCAACCGUCCACGCCAUCUCUAUCUGGUCUUCCGCAGCAGCAGCAAGAACAGCAACACCCCCCAGCACGACCGAAAAGGGAAUUCAAACCGCCGCCUAAUCCUCACCGGGGCCAGCUCCUCCCUUCUCAUCUUCGCGAGGCAUUACGACGGUACAAGCGUGAUGGCGAGGGCGGCGGCGUCGGCUUCUCGGGGUUGACGACAUUGUCCUCCAAGCUCCCUAAACGGUUGAUACCCAUCUGCAACCUGCAACAUUUCCUUACUCACGAAACCAUCCUCCCCGAAAGACCACAACCCAGUAGUGUCGGUCGAUCAACCUAUCCUCAACACAAUCAGCUAAAGGCCUCCUCUACCCAAGACAUAGUCGACUUACCUAGCACGACGCAACGAGCCACUGCCAGCCCAGAUCUAGAAAGGAAAUCCAUGAAUAUCAUCGUCGAAGCGGCGACGGCGACGGACAAGACGAACUCUCUGCGGGCCGUGGAUCUCGUUGUGCUCGCGAGCGUGCUGAUCGAGGUAGACCUGCACCUGACGGAUGAGCACUCUGAGUACAUCCACGAUAGCGAGGAGAAUGAUGAUCUUGGCGGCUGUGUGGAGGAAGAAGACCAGGCUGGCGUGUUUGGUCAUGGGGGAUUUGAGAGCGAUUAG